UGUACUACUCAUUAUGAAAUAAUAUAAUGAUCAGAAUCUUAAGGUCAAAUUUCGACGAGUUACUUGUAAACAUUUGGAAAAUAUUCAUUUCAUAAUAAGACUGUUAAUAAUGCUGGGAUAUUUCAUACUAGCAGCUGUUGUUAUAUUUAUAAUUGUCUGUUUGACGUUAUUAAUAAUAACGACAAGGUUUGGUCAUUUGAAAUGUGAAAGUUACGAAUGUUUGAUUGGAAAAACUGCAGUCGUUACAGGAGGAAGCUCAGGUAUUGGAUAUCAAAUAGUACUUUCUUUGGCAUCGAGAGGAUGUAAAGUUAUCAUAAUAGAUAGAAUAGUUGAUGAAAGUAUUAAAAAUUCAAUCGUGGAAGAAACCGACAACCCAAAUAUCAGUUUAGAAUAUGCGGAUUUAGCGUCUUUUAAAUCCGUAAGACGAGUUGCUCAAAAACUAAACAAAACCGAAGAAAAGUUAGAUAUUUUGAUAAAUAACGCUGGUAUCGGCUUGUCUAAAGGAGAAUUAACAGAAGAUGGAUUACAACCAACGAUGCAGAUAAAUUAUUACAGCCAUUUUCUUUUAACGCACUUACUUAUAGAUUUGUUGAAGAAAUCUGGAAAAGGGAAAAUAGUUUUCACGAGCUCGUUAUUAUCGUUUUUACACGUGCUACUCCCGUCGUUAUCAAAACAAGACAAUUUAGAUCCUCCAAAUUGGUUAGAUUUGUUAGCCUAUACAAACACAAAAUUCCUUACUAUUGUCGCAUCGGAUAUUUUCGCGGAAAAGCUUAAAAAAUUCAACAUUACAUGUAACACCUACCAUCCUAGUGUAGCGAAUACAACUAUAUUUUCAAAAUCUGAGAAAAAUUUGGAAAAUAUUUUAGAUUGGUCUUUCUUCCAAUUUUUAAAAUUCCUGGUAUUUGUUUGUGCUAUUCAUCCAAAAUUAGCUUGCCAACCAGCUUUACUAUUAAGUGUUUCUAAGGAAUACGAAAAAGUUACAGGCAUAUUUUAUGGAAACUUUUUACCGAAAUUGAAACCAAGAGGAUGUGGUAACAAAAAAUUUUGCAAGAAUAUUUGGGAAAUAAGCGAAAACAUAGUGAAGCUGGAACCAGAAGAAAUACUUCAGUAGACGAGAAUAUGUUUCGAUUUUAUAUUUCUACAAUAAAUCAUAAAUAAUUUGCAUAAA